AUGAACGUAAACGCGACGCGGAAAUGGCUGAUUGCAUUCAUGCUGUGCGUUUUUAUCGUUCGCGUGACGAAGACGUUAAAACAACCUUUGUCGUCGCUGUCGUCGUCGCCGAUGAAGAAGAAGAAGACGAUUCAGACGACAAAGAGGAAGACCAACACCAACACCUUUAAGAAAGGCGUUGCAACAAAAACCAAAAGUCACACGGAUGUUUCGAGCAUUGAAACGCACGCGCUCGAAACCACGGAAGAGAUACGAGCGAGAGUUAAGGUGAACGCGCUCGGUCUCGGCGAAACUUCGUACGCGUCGAAUAUGAUCGCCUCGAACGUGACGUGGUUCGAUCGAGCGUACGUGAAGGAAAAGUUGGAUUACGAAAGAUUCGUAAAGUGUAGUAGUAGUAGUAGUAGCGCAGGAGAUGAAGGUGUAAUUCUUCCAGACGUGACGGAUGUGGAGAACGUGACGCCAGAUAGGAUGAAAAGAAAAGUGACGCUAUCGUGGAUGCCGACGGAUGAGAUGCGCGGUUUAGACGUGGAAAUGAAAAUGGCUUUAGGAGAGAAUAAUGGCGGGAUGGAAGAGGAAGACGAAAACGCUUCGGAUGAACAACAACAACAACAAGUGCUCACCGAAGAAGAGCGCAAGAAAAAAGUACAACAACGACGCGUGGCUAAGCUCGCGAAAGCAGCGGCGGUGGAAGCGACGACGAGAGCCGAGAACGAUCCAAGAGGGUUGUCCACGAAUUGGGGACGAUGUGCCGUCGUCGGAAAUUCGGGGUUGCUGCGAUUUUCAGAGUAUGGGAAAGCUAUCGACUCGCACGAUGUGGUCGUACGCAUCAAUCAAGCGCCAAUUCGAGGGUACAGUCGACGCGUUGGAUUAAAAGUCACCCACAGAGUCUUCAAUCGACUUUGGACGCGAGCGUAUUAUCUCUCUCCGUCUAAACUAAAACGAACGAACAAAGAGAAGGAAGAGGAACUGAAAAAGAUGAAAUCGAGGGAUCCGUCCAAGGCGCGACACGCCAUGCGCCAGUUUAAAUCGAGUUCUUUUAAAGGUAAAACUCCGUGGGAAAACAACGCUUUAGAAGAUAACGUGGCUAUUAUCAUCACCAGAGCGAGUUUAAAAGAGUUUGGUUUGUUGGCGAACCAAUUUAAGAAGUAUCGUCCGGACGUGCUUCCUAUUCGCCUCUCGUCCAAAGCUACCACCAUGUCUUCGAAACCGUUGAUGGCAUACAGAGAAAAGUUAUGCAAGUCUGGCUUUGGACCGUAUCGUGGAUUAAACGUUCCUUCGUCUGGUUUUGUUGCCGCGUAUGCCAUGUUGAGCUCUGAUUUGUGCAAAUCCUUGGACGUGUAUGGCUUUGGCGUCGAAGGUAUGGCGCAGGCGUCCAAAGGAUUACAAACGCGCGCCGGGGAGGUUCUAGAUCGAACAAAAGUUCAAGAGUUAACGAAUAGCAACAAAAACGUAACGAUGUCGUAUCAUUAUUUCAAAGGUUUAGGCGCGCGAACGGAAGGGAACGACGUACACUCGUUCGACACCGAGGAGAAAGCCUUCGAGGCGUACGGAAGAGGGAAUUUUUUGACGUUUUGUAAAUACGAUUGGAAGAAUCCAAAUAGCGAGAGGAACUGGAAUUGCGGAUGUCGCUUUGCGGACGUGAACGAGUGCAAACCAUACUCGAUAGGCGGUGACGACAAAAGCGAUGGUAGUUAUGAUUAUGAUUUGGGGACUACCGCCGAUCUAGACUGUCGAAAAGGUGUCGAUUGUACGGCGGCGGAAAAAGAGCUCCUGAGAGGCGAAUUCGAAAGAAAUCAAAAGCUUCCGUCCGCAGACGACGACGACUCGGUGAACGACGACGACGACGAUGACGACGACGCAAACUCGUAG